GGAAUAUUAAACAGAGCCCCAAUGAAACAAAUGCCAGCACAAGCCCGUCUGUGAGGGUCUCAUCUGAGAACUUUUCUUAGUUCCCGGCACAAUGGUGCCUUUCCAUCUGACUGGUUUCCCGCGCAAGACGCGGGUUUUGGUGAUUGUUCUGGCACUGUGCUUUGUAUGGGCGCUUCUUCCGACUGAGAGCUUCAUUUCGCCCCGGCGUUUGCUGGCUUCUUUCGCUGGAAUCUCGACGGCAGCGGAUGUGGAAGUGGAUAUCCUUCGCUAUGUUGAUCCCCUCAUCGGCGCUGUUAAUGGAGGCCAUGUGUUCCCCGGCGCAACGCUCCCCUACGGCAUGGCCAAGCCCGUCGCCGACGCCAGCACCCCCGGGUGGGAGCUGGCCGCUGGUUUUGUCUUCGAUGAGUCCAAAAUCACGGGCUUUUCGAACCUGCACGAUUCGGGAACGGGUGGGUCGCCGUCCCUGGGGAACUUCCCCUUAUUUGCGCACCCCGGCUGUCCAGAGGAUGACUACCGCAACUGCGCCUUCGCUCCAACGGAGAGAGCCGCCGGUAGGGUGGUGGGCUCGACGGCAGCCCGGCCCGGCUACUUUGCGAUCGGGCUGAAUAACUCGGUCCAUGUGGAGAUGACGGCAACGGCGCACACGGCGCUGUACAGGUUCAAUUUUGCCCGGGGAGAUCGAGUCGAAUCCGCAAGUGGUGUCGGUGUCACGCUAGAGAACAGCCCGUUGAUCACAGUUGACCUCAAUGACCUUGGCAACACCCGGACCGGGGGCAACAUCCAAGUCGACCCCGAGACGGGCAGAAUGUCAGGCAACGGGACCUUCAUGCCUUCGUUUGGGAGGGGCUCGUACAAGGCACACUUCUGUGCCGACUUUGCCGGCGCCGCGAUCCGCAAGACGGGCACAUUCGCUGGGGCCACACCCAACGAAACGGUCAAGGCCAUGGGGAGUGAUGUGAAGGCCGUUCCCAUAUCCUACGGAUCCACCGGCGCGUUUGUCCACUUCAACCGCGCCCCUGGAGAUCAAGUACUCGCCCGCGUUGGCCUCUCGUUCAUAUCUGUCGACAAGGCCUGCCGAAACGCCGAGAAUGAGAUCCCUGGUUUCGCGUUUGAGGAGGUUGUGAAAGCCGCCGAAGAUGUAUGGCGGGACAAACUCCGCGUUGUGCAUGCCGACCACCACGGAAUGCACGACGAUUUGCUGAAAACGUUCUGGUCUGGCUUGUACCGCGCGUUCCUCUCGCCGCAGGAUUACACGGGCGAGAACCCGCUUUGGGAGUCGGACGAGCCCUACUUUGACUCCUUCUAUUGCAUUUGGGACUCGUUCCGUGCACAACAUCCAUUGCUGACCAUUGUUGACCCCAAGGAGCAGACACGCAUGGUGCGUGCCUUAAUCGACAUCUAUAAGAACGAGGGGAAGCUGCCCGAUUGCCGCAUGAGCUUCUCCAAGGGGUACUCCCAGGGCGGAUCUAACGCAGACGUGGUCUUGGCCGACGCCUUUGUCAAGAACCUGACCGAGGGAAUCGAUUGGGAUCUGGGCUACGAGGCCGUAGUUUCAGAUGCCGAGGUCGAACCGCCUGACUGGAGCGUCGAGGGACGGGGGGGCCUUGAAAGCUGGAAGACAUUCGGGUACAUCCCCGAGGAUGAGAAGCCCAACACGGAGAACGGCGGGGGCACAGGGCCCAGGACGCGUUCCAUUUCGCGGACCGUGGAAUAUGCCUACGACGACUUCGCCAUCGCCCUCAUGGCACGGGGCCUCGGAAAACAAGUCGACGAGAAGAAGUACCUCCAGCGAAGCAAGAACUGGGAACACCUCUUCAACCACGACCAGGAAGACGACGACCUCUACACGACCGAAGAAUCCGGCGGCCAGGGGUCCUCGUACACCCGCAGCGGCUUCAAAGGCUUCCUACAGCCUCGUCUAAUGAACGGCGUCUUCAACCACCAGCCCACGCGCCUCUGCAGCCCCGUCUACGAGCCGCACAAGUGCUACUUCGAUACGCAGAAGGCCACGUACGAGGGCAGCCCCUGGCUGUACACCUUCUACGUCCCGCAGGACAUGGCCUCGCUCAUCACCGCCCUGGGCGGGAAGGAGGCCUUCGUCAGUCGGCUGCAUUAUUUCCACGAUUCGGGAAUAGCGUACAUGGGUAAUGAACAGACUUUCUUGCCUACGUUCCAAUUCCACUACGGCGGACGCCCCGGUCUGAGCUCGUAUUGGGUGCAUCGGUAUAUACCGGAGCAGUUCAACAGCAGCGUGAACGGGAUACCCGGCAAUGAUGACUGCGCCAUGGGCGCUUUCACAGCGUUUGCGUUUAUGGGAUUUUUUCCCGUGGCGGGACAGGAUGUGUACUUGCUUACGCCGCCGCUGUUUAGGGAGGUGAGUCUACAGACGCCGACGGGGAAGUGGGCUACAAUUAGGAAUACUGGGUUUGACCCCACGUAUAAAGCGAUUUAUAUCCAAAGUGCGCGGCUGAAUGGGAAGCCCUAUGCUAAGAGUUGGAUUACACAUGAUUUCUUUGUCCAAGGGGGUUUGCUUGAAUUUACUCUGGGGAAGCGGGAGAGCGAUUGGGGGACGGAGGAUAGGGAUUUACCACCGAGCAUGUCUACUGGUUACAAGCAGACGGGCAGGUUUUAAACAGACUGUACAGAGGAAUGGAAUAUCGAAACAAACCGGGAUCCAGUCCAGG